AUGGCGGCGGGAAUAUUCAUUAUAGUGUCACUGUGUUGUUACACUGGGCUGGUUAUCUAUGCGACGUUUGCUGACUGCGACCCUCUGACAACAGGAUCAAUAAGGAAAAGUGACCAAUUACUUCCUUACUUUGUGAUGACUAUCACUGGUUCCAUUCCAGCCUUACCAGGAAUCUUCAUGAGUGGAGUUUUUAGUGCUGCACUGAGGUAUAGUUCCGGAUUCGCGUGUGUAGCCUUGGUAUUCUUAGUGGAACACAUGGGUGCCUUGAUCCAAGCUGGAAAAAGCCUGGCAGGCAUCACUGCUGGAAGUCUGUUGGGCCUGUUUUCAAUGGGACUGUUCCUGCCUUGGGUGAAUUCUACGGGUGCCUUAACAGGAGGUCUGACUUCCACCAUGCUGGUAGGUUGGAUCUCAUUGGGUACGCAGGCAGCAAUGAUGAGAGGAGAUAUUAUAGUCACCCCCAAGCCUGUAUCAGUGGCUGGAUGUCCAGGGAAUCACACGUUCUCCACUCCAUCUACACCGCUUCAUGCCGUUGAAUUUGACAGGUCAGGUACUUUCUUUCUGUACCGGCUGAGUUACCUGUACUACACGCUGGUCGGUAUGAUUGUCUGCAUCAUAGUCGGCUCUGUCGUCUCAUAUUUCACCGAGCCCAACGAUCCUGCUAUGGUGCAUCGGGACUUGCUGACGCCUAUUGUGCAUCGGUGGCUGCCUACCCAGCAUCCGCACUGCCGUCGCCCGCGACUCACGCAGCACGACAUCGAGCUCCACGCGCGAGAGCUCGACCAAUUGAGGGCCCAUUCUUCUUAUGACAAAAUGGGUGACAGUCCUGAAUCUAUGCGAAAAAACAACAAUAACAUAAAUGAUGGUUACUGA